AUGGUUGCUGAUGGAAGUGCGUCGAGCCAGCUACCGACGCUCAUGGGAAGUGCGGCUGCUGGGAUGAUAAGCCGUGUCUUUUGCCACCCGAUGGACACUAUAAAAGCUCGAUUACAGGCAAGCACAACAAAAGGUCAAACAAUUGCAUCACACCUCAAUCUUCAAUCCUUCAGUUUAAGACACUUCCGAGGCCUGUAUCGAGGUAUCGGGACUCUCGUGUGGAAUACGGCUUCCGCUCGACGGAUCCCGUUACUGAAGCGAAUGACGCAAUUACUCGACCGUUAG